CAGAGGGAAGUGCUCUCGCUGAUUGCCUCCGAAGGCAAGUGUACUGGUCCCCAUUUGGCACAACCUUCAAUCCGUUUCGUCGCUACCUUAGUCCUCGUCCCCUAGUCCGGAUGUAUAACAACUAUCGCAUGAAUCGGUAUCUGAGCGAGGUUAUCAACAAGCGAUUCGAAGAAUUGGCGCUUUCCCGCAGAGUCUCUUCGAAGGGAAAGGAACCUGGGACCAGGUCAAUUAUCUCGCUCGCCAUGGACAAAUAUUUGGAAGAGCUGGGCGACAGGGGAGAAAUCUCAAGGGAAGCGUUCAAAAAGAUCGCCAUGCCGCAACUUCGCAUGUUCUUAUAUGCUGGACAUGACACGACAAGCAGUACUCUUCUGUACUGUUUCCUAUUGCUGUCCCGCCACCCUGCGGUCAUGGCAAAUGUCCGAGCCGAACAUGACGAGGUAUUCGGACACGACCUUUCCACCGAGCAGAUAUGUCGCGUCAUCGCCGGCGACCCCUCGCUUCUUAAUCAACUACCGUACACGUUCGCAGUUACCAAAGAGGUUCUUCGCAUGUUUCCACCUGCGGGAAGCCUUCGCCAAGGCCGACCGGAUCUCGUCCUUUCGGACGCAGCGGGUCAUCGAUAUCCCACUGAUCGAUGCCAGAUCUGGACGGUGCCUCUUAUCAUGCAGCAUAGGCCGGACGUCUUCGUGAAACCAGACGAAUUUAUCCCCAUUCGCUGGCUUGUCGGACCCGAAGACUGGCUUUACCCAAAGAAGGGCAGCUGGAGAGCAUUCGAAGGUGGGCCGCGCGCCUGUAUCGGCCAGACGCUAGCGCAGCUUGAGCUCAAGGUUGCGCUGGUCAUGACGGCCAGGAUGUUCGAUAUUACACCCGCGUACGAGGAGUGGGAUGGACUGCAUCCAAGAGAAGGCAUAAAAUCGAUCGACGGAAACCGAGUGUAUCAGGCUGAAAUGGGUGGCGGGGGAGCUCAUCCUGCUGACGGUUUCCCGGUAAGGGUUACUACAAGAACCUAGGAAUCUUCCCUUCCGUGAGCCUAAAAUGGAUCCGCUCUCUUUGCAGAAUGCAAGAUCUCACCUUUCCUCAUCUGCGCAUUCGAAGGAUUGCGCAUGCUUCCCGAGUUCUGCAACUUUACAGCCUCAACUUCCCGUCUGA